AUAAAUAAGGAAAAUAAAUUUUCAAAUACUAAAAAAAUAAAACCUAGUGGUUUACAAAAAGAAAUAAAACAUAAAAAAAAUCUGUAAUCACUAGUGACUAGAAUAAAUCACAAUAAUGGGUGUACAUUUUGGAGUAUCCACAUUCUUUGUUUUUUGUUUGUUAGCUUUAUCAGCAAACGCUAGAGAAUUCAGAAUCACUGCUCGUCCAGGUUCUGAUAUCACCGGCGAAUUGUCGAAACUAUUCAAGGAGGCAUGUCAGUGCGUGGACAAGAGCACCGUUUUGAUCCCAAAAGGUGAAUUCAAGCUUGGGGAAAUAGAGAUGAUGGGUCCAUGCAAAGCUCCUAUAAUAUUUGUUCUUCAAGGCACUGUGAGAGCUGAUGGGAACGUUAACGGGAAGGACUUUUGGGUCGCUUUCCGCAGGAUUACUAACUUUAGAUUGAACGGAGGUGGUAUCUUUGACGGUGAAGGUAACGCUUCAUGGAGGGCUAAUAACUGCCACAAGACGUCAUUAACUCAGUGCAAAAGACUCCCUAUCAGCAUACGGUUUGAUUACAUAACUGACGGUAAGGUAAGAGACAUAACCUCGUUAGAUGCAAAGAACUUCCACAUUAACGUGAUCGGGGCAAAGAACCUGACAUUCGAAGACAUCAGGAUCGUAGCCCCUGAUGAGAGUCCCAACACCGAUGGAAUCCACGUGGGAAGGAGUGACGGAAUCAAGAUCAUCAACACCAACAUCAAAACCGGAGAUGACUGUAUCUCUGUUGGGGACGGGAUGAAAAACCUUCUUGUGGAAAGAGUUACAUGCGGUCCGGGACACGGAAUCAGUAUUGGAAGCCUCGGAUUAUACGGGCACGAGGAAGACGUCACUGGCGUCAAGGUCGUGAACUGCACCCUCAGGAAUACUGACAAUGGUGUGAGGAUCAAGACAUGGCCGUCCGCAGCUUGCUCCACGACCGCCUCUGGUAUCCAUUUCGAGAAUAUUAUUCUCCAGAACGUUAGCAACCCUAUCCUCAUCGACCAAGAGUACUGCCCCUGGAACCGAUGCAACAAGAAUAAACCAUCAUCUAUCAAGCUGGUGGACAUAAAGUUCAAGAAUAUCAAAGGAUCAUCAGGGAACAAAGACGCAGUUAAGCUAUUGUGCAGCAAGGGAUUUCCGUGUAAGAACGUGGAGAUCGGCGACAUUGAUAUUACAUAUAAUGGAAAAGACGGUCCAGCAACGUUCCAGUGCUCCAACGUAUCUCCGAAGUUGGUGGGGAAACAGUGUCCUAAAGCAUGUAGCAGCCCAGUGACGAAGCAACCAGGCCACUAGAAGCUCGGAGUGUAUAUAAUAUAUACUCUAAAAUGUACACCCUAGUGUAUGUUAUUUCCUUUGAUGACUUUGUAAAAAAAAAACUGUUUAUUUUUGCCGCUUUGGCCCCCAAAAUUUUGCAUUUUUGCUAGCUUUAUUGAUUGUAUAAAUGCAUCACUCUUGUAAAAAUAUAAUAAUGUAGCAAUGAGAAACUAAGAUUUCACUGCAAU